AUGAGCUCCAGACAAGUUAUGAACACGUCCUUCAACCCUCUACGGAUUGUCAACACAUAUGGAGCCUUUGGCAGCAUCACCAAGGAUCGGACUGAGGUGAUCAUUCAAGGAACGUCCAGUCUGGACCCCAGUGACCCUAAUGCUGUGUGGGAGGAAUAUGAGUUUAAAUGCAAGCCAGGAAAUCUGACACGGCGCCCCUGUGUGAUCAGCCCCUAUCACUACCGCCUGGACUGGCUGAUGUGGUUUGCCGCGUUUCAGACCUAUGAACAGAACGAGUGGCUAAUACACUUGGCUGGGAAGCUGCUUGCCAAUGAUGAAACCGCAACUUCACUUCUGGCCGUCAACCCCUUCCAGGACAAGGCUCCGCCUAGAUGGAUCCGGGGAGAACAUUACCGGUACAAGUUCAGCCGUAUAUGGGGCACACACGCCUCCGAGGGCAAGUGGUGGAUUCGGAAAAGGAUUGCACAAUAUUUCCCGCCACUGAAUCUGGCGGGCCUGGAGAAAUAUUUCAAGUCACGCUCUUGGCCCCUGCCUUCUCCAUCCUGA